AUGGCCGACGUGUACGAUGGCUUCGGCGAGGGCCGCAUCGGCUCGCCGCGCUCGCCAACACGUCCCCACAGCAUGCGCCGCCGCCAGAGCAUGCAGGUCCUCGAGCUCGAGUCCCGCGUCGAGGCCCUCAUCGCCGAGAACCAGCACCUCCAGCACCAGACCGCCCAGGCCGAGCAGGUCACCGCCCGCUCCGCCGCCACAAAGGCAGAGCGCGAUGCCGAGAUCGAGCUUCUCCGCGCCUCCCUCGAGUCCCUCCAGAACGAAGUCACCCGCCUGACCCAGCACUCGGAAAAGUACGGCCACCUCGAGUCCCAGCAUGCAACCGUCGCCCGCGAGCUCGAGAAGCAGCGCGGCGCCAAGGACAACUACGCCACCGAGCUCCAGAACAAGGACGCAGAGAUUGCCCGCCUGCGCAAGCAGCUCGAAGCCACAAAGCAGCAGGUCCGCGAGAUGCAACGCCAGAUCCUUGCCAGCAAGCCCCCCGACGCAGAGUUCCUCCGCCUCAAGGACGAAGACCAUUUCGACCAGCGCUGCCAGCAGCUCUGCUCCCACGUCCAGCAGUGGGUCCUCCGCUUCUCAAAGUUCUCCGAUAUGCGCGCCUGCCGCCUCACCAGCGAGAUCAACGACGAGAAGAUUAUAGACAAGCUCGACAACACAAUCCUCGACGGCACUGACGUCGACGACUACCUCAGCGAUCGUGUCAGGAGGCGCGACGUCUUCAUGUCCAUGACCAUGAACAUGAUCUGGGAGUUUGUCUUUACCCGCUAUCUCUUUGGCAUGGACCGCGAGCAGCGCCAGAAGCUCAAGUCUGUCGAGAAGCUCCUUCAAGAAGUAGGCCCGCCCCAAGCAGUCCGUCAGUGGAGGGCCGUCACUCUCACGCUACUGUCGAAACGGCCAGCUUUCGGCGACCAGCGCAACCAGGACACAGAAGCUGUCGUCCAAGCGAUCUUGCAGACACUGUCCAUGAUCCUCCCACCACCCUCACAUCUGGAGAACCAGAUCCAAUCACAACUGCGCCGGGUCCUCCGCGAUGCCGUCGAUCUCUCCAUCGAGAUGCGCACCCAGCGUGCCGAGUACAUGAUGCUGCCCCCACUGCAGCCCGAGUAUGAUGCCAAUGGCGACCUCGCAGAGAAAGUCAAGUUCAACGCUGCACUCAUGAACGAGCGGUCCGGCGACUCUGUGGCCAACGACGAGCUUGAGAGCCAGGGCGCCGUCGUGCGCUUCGUCCUUUUUCCGCUCGUCGUCAAGAAGGGCAACGACAGCGGCGUUGGUGAUGACGAGAUUGUCGUCUGCCCUGCACAGGUCCUCGUGGCCAAAUCCCGCGCCCUCCGCGGCGUCACCCCGUCGCUCGUCGGCUCCGACCUUGGCGGCAGGCCCUUGUCCAGAGGCCCCACGCCGUCCGUAUAUGGCCGCAGCACACUCAGCGUCAACAUGACUGACGCCCCGCCCGAGGUCUAA